UGGAGCUGCAGCGCAGCCUCUGUCCACAGCUGUGUGACGUAUGAUACUGGCUGCAGCUGCUUUGUUUGUGGCGGCGGAGGUUUCACAUGUCUCCCGGGAAGUUUCUUACAAGUCAAAGCGACGUUAUACUUGAACACUUCAUUUAAAAGGCGAGGAGAGCAGCGCGGAGCUCGUCGUGUAUGUAGCCGAGCGAAAGCGUCUGUGUCCGGGGCUCUGCUGCGUUUCAGUGUCCGGAAGUUCUGUGGGAGAAAAAAAAGUGAGAGCGGCAUGAAAAAAAGGAGCUGGAACAAACUUCUGACCAAACGUCUCCGAGCGCAGUGAAACUCCGGUUCAUCAUCCCGUGAAUCCACAGCAGAGGAGUCUGUGCUUUAUUCAUCUGAUACCGGUGAGAGUGAAAUCGAGCGAUGGGUCUGCCGACGCUGGAGUUUAGUGAUUCUUUCCUGGACAGUCCGGAGUUCAGGGAGCGACUGCAGUGCCACGAGAUAGAGCUGGAGCGAACCAACAGGUUUAUCAAAGACCUGAUCAAAGACGGAAACAUGCUCAUAUCUGCCCUCAGAAGUCUUUCUCUUGCUGUUCAGCGGUUCUCUCAGUCUCUCCGGGAGUUCCAGUUUGAAUGUACUGGGGAUGCUGAGACUGAUGAUGAGGUCAAUAUUGCUCAGUCCUUAAAGGAGUUCUCUCAGCUCUUGAGCACCAUGGAAGAGGAGAGAAAACGACUAAUCCAGAACGCGGAUGACGUGCUGAUCUCACCGCUCGAGAGGUUUCGUAAGGAGCAGAUUGGAGCUGUUAAGGAUGGAAAGAAGCAGUUUGACAAAGAGACAGAAAGGUACUACUCUGUCCUGGAGAAACACCUCAGUCUGUCCUCCAAGAAGAAGGAGUCCCAGCUGCACGAGGCUGACUCCCAGAUGAGUAAGGACAGACAGGUUUUUUAUGAUGCAUCACUGCAGUAUGUGUUCAAGAUCCAAGAAGUGCAGGAAAGAAAGAAGUUUGAAUUUGUGGAGCCGCUAUUAGCUUUCCUGCAGGGUUUGUUUACAUUCUACCACGAGGGCUAUGAGCUGGCCAGUGAGUUUGAACCCUACAAGCAGCAGCUUCAGUUCAACCUGCAGAAUGCUCGCAAUAACUUUGAAAGUACACGUGCUGAGGUUGAGAGGCUGAUGAAGAGGAUCCGAUCAGCAGAAGAAGACUUCCAAGCCCCCAGUUGUUUCACCAUGGAGGGAUAUCUGUAUAUCCAGGAGAAACGUCCGUUGGGCAGUGUGUGGACCAGAUACUACUGCACGUAUGAGAAAAGCUCCAAGAUGUUCACCAUGAGCAACACAGAGACCAGACCAGCCAGCAGACAGAAUGGCGUGAUUAACGGCGCACCAGAGAUGUUCCGGCUGCGCUCGUGUGUCAGGAGGAAGACCGAUUCCAUUGACAAGCGCUUCUGCUUCGACAUCGAGGUGGUGGAGAGACAUGGCGUCAUCACCCUGCAAGCUGUCUCUGAGGCCAACAGGCGGCUGUGGAUGGAGGCAAUGGAUGGAAAAGAACCUAUCUACACUCUUCCUUCUUUACUUAGCAAAAAGGAGGAGACAUUUCUCAAUGAGGCGGGCUUCAACUUUGUUAAGAAGUGUAUUGAGCUGGUGGAAAACAGAGGCAUCACCACGCUGGGACUGUAUAGAACAGGAGGAGUCAACUCCAAAGUGCAGCGGCUGAUGACGAGUGUGUUCGCCGCCUCGGCUCCCUCUGACAUGCAGCUGGACGCAGACGCCUGGGACAACAAGACCAUCACCAGCGGGCUUAAGAAUUAUUUCAGGUGUCUGGCAGAACCAGUACUGACCUACAGGCUGCAUAAAGAGUUCAUCAAGGCUGCAAAGUAUGAUGAUCAUAAAUACAGAGUGAGAGCCAUUCAUGCUCUUGUUCACAAACUACCAGAAAAAAACAGAACGAUGUUGGACCUCCUUACCAACCACCUCCACAAGGUUUCCUCUCACAGUGACCAGAACCUGAUGACCGUGUCCAACCUGGGAAUGAUCUUCGGCCCCACGUUGAUGAGGUCACAGGAAGAGACGGUGGCCGCCAUGAUGAAUAUCAAGUUUCAGAACAUUGUGGUGGAGAUAAUCAUUGAAAACCAUGACAAGAUAUUUGGGGAGGCCCCGGACCUGUCGGUGCCGUUACCUCAGGCUUCGUCCUCUCGAGCGACUCCUCGGAGGAACAAGGCCAUCUGCCUGUCAUCAGGAAAGAGGAAGGCUCGUCUCUACUCUCCUGCCCUCUGCCUGGCUGACAAUGACAGUGACACGUUUAGCAGCAGCCCUAGCACAACUCCGAGGGGCAGCCAAGAGUCUCUGUCCUCACACUCCUCUGAAAAGAACGGCUUGUCUCAGACCUCUCCUCCGUCCUCUCCUGCUGCUGAGCCCAGCUCAUCCUCCCCGGCCCCUGCAUCUCCCCCUUUAUCUCCCCCUGCAUCUCCCCCUGCAGCUUCCACCGAUUCCCACGUCCACAUUUCCUCAAACGAGCAGGAUCAGAAACGUCUGGCAGACAGCGCUGCAUCCCCUCACAUCACUCCUUCCUCUUCCUGGAUGUCCUCCCAGCUCACUCCUGCCCAGCAGACUUCCUCUGUGUCCUCUUCCAUGUCCUCUUUAGUCUCUGCAGAGAGGACCUUGUCUGUCAAAGGAAACUCCACUGCAUCCUUGUCUUCUGUUAAAGAGUCGAGAUCUCCCUCCCGAGCCUCCACAUCCACCGCCUCCACUCAGCACGUGUCAGUGGAGCGCGCCUGCUCUCUCAGGUCGGGUCAACCUGUUCCAAGGGCAUCCUCCAUCUCCUCUCUGAAGAGCGUCCAUUCAGUUGAUCAAAUAGAUGCACCCAGUAACUCCUCCACCCUCACAGAAACCAAAGUGACGGACUCUACCUCACGCAGGACUGCCUACAGGAUGGCCUCCUCCUCCUCUUCCUCCUCCUCUUCGUUGUUUCCCUACCAACUUUCCACUUCCUCCUCUCUCACCUCCCUGCACAUCUCUGAGGAUUACAAAAGCUGUCAUGGAUCGGUUCAGAGUCUCGUGUCGCUUGACCCACAAGGCGUGAGACCUGCACGCAAACCCUCACACAUCCGCUAUGGCUCCGAUGUGACUGCCAAACACUCUGCGACCAUAUCCAGCAAUGGUUACCAGAGACCUGGAUCCCUACUGUCAGUCAGACUGCCACAGCGUGAGAGCUCAGUCUUCUCCUCAGCUUUAGACAUUUGUUCCUCAGGAAGGGAAGCAAAAGCUCUUUACUCCUGUGAAGCAGAGCACAGCCAUGAGCUCAGUUUUCCACAGGGGGCGCUGUUCUCAAACGUGUACCCGUCUGUGGAACCAGGUUGGCUUCAGGCGACGUACAAUGGCAGAACAGGACUCAUACCUGAAAACUACAUCACCUACGUCUGACGGAGAUGAUGAUGUCAUCCCCACAUCACAGAAUAAAGACCUAACGUAGCCUUUAGGGAUCCACGGUGCGUACGGUCACACUGUGCUAAUGAUUGUAGAUAAUAUAAUAUAUUUAUCUUGUAACUGUGACAGUGUGUAUGUCAGACUACUGUGGCUGUAUCUGGAUGAUGUGUGUAUCUGACUACUAUAACCUUACCAUGUUAUUAAGCAGCUUAUAAUACAGUAGAUGUUAAUCAGUGUAUUUUAUGUUCUAUGCUACAUGUAAGGUACUGUACCUGUAAACAGUAUUUUUUCUAUUAAUCUUGAUAACUUAUGUUUGUAAAUAAUCAUAUAUAUGUUAUAACUUGAAGUGUCCACUUCUCUGUGCUGCAGCGGAAUUAAUCCUGCCAUUAAUGCCCUCCUCCGGCUGUGUGUCAGAUUUCAUGCCGUCUAAAUAAAGGACGACUAUUUUCCUAAAAGAUGCCA